AUGUCACUUGCCAGAAUGUCAACAAAAUAUAUCGAUAAUGCAAGGAAGAUCCUCUGCAUAGGUCGUAACUAUGCCGAGCACAUUAAGGAACUCAAUAGUGCUAAACCACAACAACCAUUUUUCUUUUUAAAACCUUCUUCUUCGGUGUUGAAACCCAAUGCAGGUCCAUUCUUGGUCCCUAAAGGUGUCACCGUGCACCAUGAAGUGGAAUUGGCAUUUACAUUAAACAAAGAUUUAAAGAAUUUGUCACCCGAUUUCACACCCGAGGAAGCAAUAGAUAGUAUUGAAGGCUACGCAUUGACAAUUGAUAUGACAGCGAGAAACGUGCAAAACGAAGCCAAGAAGAAAGGGUUGCCAUGGUCAAUUGGUAAAGGGUUUGAUACUUUUUUACCUGUAUCCAAUUUCAUUCCCAAGGAGAAAAUUCCUGAUCCGUACAAUGUUGAGUUAGAACUAAAGAUCAACGGCGAAGUGAAACAGCAGGAUAGUACUAACUUGAUGAUUUUUCCGAUUCAUAAGAUCUUGAGCACUAUGUCGAAUAUCAUGACUUUGGAAAAGGGAGACUUGAUCUUAACAGGUACACCAAAGGGAGUUGGUCCUAUUGUUCCUGGUGACGAAAUUGAAGCAAGUUUGAAAGUCAAUGGGGAAAUUGUCGAGACUAUAAAAUGCAAAGCAGAGACAAAACCAGGACACUAUGAAUAUAAAGAAACAUAA